UGUGCGCCUGACAUGAGCGCGUUGUGCGAGAGUUACCACUCCAGGGAAAAGGUGUUCGUGGACAGCUUCACGUGUCCGAAGGCGGGGGGCGAGUCCACGGCGGUGUUCUGCUGCGGCUUCAGUGACUUGAAGUACUGCUGUGAUGACCCGAACAGCUUCUUCCCGUACGAGUAUGGAUACAUGUGGUGGCUGAGCCUCGGAGCUCUUGUGGGUCUCUCGGUCGCAGCUGUGGUCCUGCUUGCUUUCGUCAUCACUCUGUGCGUCCUCUGCUACCUGUUUGUCACCACCAAACCCAGAGGUCUGGACAGCGGGCUGCCCCUUCGAGCACCAGACUCCAUCAUCAGUCAACAAGGCGCCGGAGCCAGCCACAGCAGUGCCCCUGCUGGCCCACAAGGCCUCAGGAAACACUUUGUUAGAGGGAAGCUGGAUUGUGACAACCAGCAGUCAGACCCCGACCGCCUUUUCCAGCGCUGUUUCAUGGCCACUGUCACAUCCAUCAACGUGGAGAACCCAACAUAGUGCGACACUUUUUUCAAAAUUUUGGAUUUGAGUUCAUGUCUUUUUUUCUUCUCUGCCCCUAUAGUUUAAUCUGAGUUGUUUUAUUUUAUCAACAAAUACAUAAUUGUUAUGUAAUUCAACAGAACAAAAUUGCAAGUGCAAAAACCUUAUUGUGGCCCCCAUCUGUGGGAAAACCUGAAUUGCAAGUCAGAUUUUUGACAGGCAACAUUUAGUAUUUGAGCUUUAGUUUGUAGCUGUUUAAUUAGUUAACAUUCAAGUAAGUGUUUCCAUUAUAUCUGUCUUGAUUAAAAAAAAGUGAAAGCUAACAAUGAACAAAAAUUGAAAUACCGAAGGAGGUUUAUUCUUGUCUCAUUCUCUUCCUCUUUAUCAGAACGUAUAUCAGAACCGUUUAUUCCGUUUAUUCCGUUCUGUUUAUCAGAACUGAACAGGCAGAUGGAAAGCUGGUUCUCUAAUAGGAGAAAAGUGAACACUUGCUUUUCUGGGAUUGCUGAUUUUAAGCCAUUUUUUGGUAUAUGAUUUACUUCAUGUCCUUAAUUACAUGUACUUUUAUUUAGAAGAAACAAUGUGAGGAGUGAAGUUUGUUCAUCAUCAUCUAUCCUGUAAGUUUACACAUUCUGCUCUAGAAAUCCAGACUCAGUUCCCUAAAAGCUGUCAGUGUUCUUUGAGAUCUGAAUAGAUCUUAUAACUUCAGUCCAUUAGCACAUCAUGCUCGUCUUUUCUCUUGCAUCAUUUACGCAGGUGCACAAAUUUAGCUCAACUGCACCCACAUCAACACCAUACUAAUGUUGUGUGUGUAUUUCUAGUUCUAUUUUUAAGGAUUCAGGGAUAAUGGUGUUUGUCUGUAUGGCCCUGGCAUCAAAGGAGGAAAACCUUUCCAACCUGAAGAUGUCAAAAUUAGUUUUUUGGUCUUAUUAAAAGAGAUUCAAUAUGGGGAAAAUGAUGAUUGAAAGUAUAUAUUUUGGGGAUUAAAGUGCCUGAUAUCUUUAAAGCUCCAGAAAAAAAAGCAACAUGCAGUUUUUAGGGCACCUUGGGUUUCAAAAAUACACUCAUAAAGGUUAAGCACACAAAUAGCUUAGUGGAAUGAAAUGGUUGAAACAAUAUUUUACUGUUGUGAGGAUUAUUAAUAUCAGAUUAAAUAAGCACCACCUCCACCUUGGACACAGGUGAGGAUGUUAUCAGAGUGUUAUGCAGCCAUUCUAUCCUUUUCUACACUAUGUUGGCACAGCUGUUGUAACUGUGUACCAGAUUAUCACCAACUCUAAUCCAGGUCUGUUCUCUCUCUUAACAAUAUUGGCGGAACUGAUUCUCUUUUGCAUCAUUGCAGGUUGCAUUCACAGCCUGCAAAUCAAACUUUUUCAAGGCAGUCUGAACAGCCCAUUUCCAAUCUUUUCAUCCACUAAAAAAUCUGUGUCUGUAUUGCAUAUAAGACACAAAUAGAAAACAGACACACUGUGAAAAUGUGCAUCCAUAUUUUCGUGGCAUCUCCAGCCUGAACUGUUAUGUUUUUAAUCCCACUUUUACGUCAUUAACAUGAAACAUUCUGAAGAAACCAGAUGCUGUAAAUCCGGACCUUAGCAAUGUUUAAACUUAUGUCUAAAUGUACGUGCAUCAAGCUUUGGCAAGUAUUUCUGCAGUUAGUCAGUCAAAGUUUUAUUUCAAAACAGAAAGUACGGUAACUAAAUUAUUCAGUUUUAUUAGAUAUGUAGUUUAAUGAUAUGUGGUAAAUGUUCAGCAUUUGUCACUUUCUCAGCUCGGACUGUAAGUGCCAAGCAGACCAUUUUUUUAUUCUGCUAAUAUUAAAGUCGUUGCUGAAAAGUGAAGGAAAACAAUGAAGCAAAAAUUCCUUUGCUAAUUCUUAGAAGCAUUAGUAAUCCUGCUGAAAAGUUUUGUUGAGAAAACCCUCUUACACACUCCAAUCAUGUUUCAAAUGGUCAUAAGGGACCAGUUCCAUUAUGACCAGUUCCAGUUAAAAUGGAACUGGUACCUGAGGCACCUGGAAAGCCCACAAAGUUCACCUGCAGAAAAAACCGAAUAAAGUAUUUAAAGAAUUAAGUUUUAUUUAAGUUUUGGCUGAUUGGUGUAGAUAGCUAACUAUGCAUUUCCAUUCCUGUCCCAGUUCAAAAUAUGGUCUUAAUUAGAAUUUGACAUUUGAGUAUGAUUUGAGAAUCUUCAUUGCUCACUGGCAUUUCACCAAGGAUAUUAGAAAAUAUCUUACGCAUAUUACAGCAAACUAAUUUAAUCUGGGCCCUCAAAAAUGAGCACACUACGGAUAAAUUGAGCAACUCGGAAUUGCAGGGAUGUGAUCCUUUUGAACUGGCUGUUUUCCCAAACGUUACCAGUUCACAUCAUUCAUACAAAUGGGGCUCUUCUUUAUAGACAGACCAAUGGCAGUUGUCUAAGAUUGAACUCACGCAGAGGAAAAUGUAAAUAUUAAAAGUUUAUUAUGGCUGCUAAAUAUUUAUCUGUGUGGCGUCUUGUUGUAUAAGCUUAUCACUUUUGCUUUUGUUCAGAUAGGAGAAUGUUUUUUCUGCCUUUUUAAACCUGAAUGUACAUUCACAUUGUAGUUUUUGGCUGUUGAAUCAAGCAUGGAAAACUACUCACCAAUAGAAGAAUAUGGUGGAAUGAAGUUAAGUGCCUCAAUGCAUUCUCUACAUCUCUUCGCUGAGGAUGCGCAUGGUUUUCAGCCAUGUACACUCAUGGCUGAAAACCGAGAUUUGGUUCUUUGUCAUUGGCUUUUUGACCAAAGAAUGUUAGGCGUCUAUUUCAGAUCUCAGGAACUUGCGUCAAUCCCUAAAAAUAAGCAGAAAAUGUCUCUUGAACUUUGACGAUUGUUUGUUUUUAGCAGCAUAGAAAAAGAAAUGGCUUUAUGUGACCUUAGUUGUGACAUAAAUUAUACAGUGAAGCUAAAAAUAUGAGCUGUAACACAUGCUAGCAAAGUGAUUUUGUGUCUUGGGCUAAUAAGCAAACAAGCUAGUAUUUCUUUGUGAGCCUCCAACCAUCCUGUUAGCAAUUAUGUUUGCCUUACUGAAAAACAAGCAUCUAAUUUUCAAAAUGUUUGUGGUUGAUACUUUUCUAUUUUAAUCACCAAGAAUACAAAAUGUUUUUGUUUGUUCUCUGCCCGGUUUAAUGUGCUACUAACUAUGCCCCAAAUUUCCGACUCUGUAACAAAUCCUAGAUCCUUGUGGUCCCAUUUAACAGUCAAAUUUAAACUGAAGCUUAAAAUGUGGCAAAUAGAAAGCAAAUAUGUUUUGUUGUAUCAUUUUUUCUUCUAUUUUAUGAAGCUUUUAAAAAAAAAUUGUUUUCUAUCUGCAUUCCAAGAACCACACUUUUGCCACCCAUUGGUGCCUGAAGAAAAUUUUACUUCUUAGCUUACUAAGAAGUAAAUGGCCAUUUUAAUUUAAGCUUUAAAUUUGGCUUUUGAUAUUGAUCAGGGGCUGCACAGUUGGCAGAACUGUUGUCUUGCAGCAAGAAGGUCCUGGGUUCGAUUCCCGGCCCAGGGUCUUUCUGCAUGGAAUCUGCAUGUUCUCCCUGUGCAUGGUGGGUUC